AUGGAGGAUCAGUUAAUUGGUGCCUUCUCUGUGUCUAUCAAGUUUAGAAAUGUGCUAGAUGAUUUUUCUUGUAUUUUCACAUCAGUUUAUGGAGCUUCAUAUUAUGGGGAUCACAGGCAGUAUUGGCAAGAAUUAAGAGGCAUAAGAUUAGUCUUUGAUGAUCCCUGGCUCACUAGAGGUGAUUUUAAUGCUAUAUUAAGUCCUGAUGAAAGGAAUAUUCCAGGAGGUGGAGUGGAAAAUAGAAACUCUUUCAAAGCUUUUGUUCAUAAGUCCUCUUUGAUUGAUAUUCCUAUGGCUGGUGGAAGAUUUAUAUGGACUAAUUCUCAACAGCCUCCUCUUCUGUCAAGGUUAGAUACAUUUCUUCUUUGUCCAGAUUUCAUGAAUCAUUGUCUCUCUCCUAUGCAAGUUAGACUAAGAAGACCUAUAUCUGAUCAUGCUCGCAUUAUGUUACAUUGUAACUUUGAAGAUUCAAGAAAAUCCCCUUUCAGGUUAGAUAAUUUUAUCUUGCACCAUCCUGACUUCAUCAAUAAUUUAAGACUGUGGUGGGAUAAUUUAUCUUUUUCUGGUUCUCCAAGCUUUAUUUUUGCCAAAAAGCUGCAGGAUCUGAAGUUUUUUAUAAAAAUUUGGCAAAAACAAACUUUUGGCAAUCUUCAAGCUCAAAUUGACAAUCUGGAACUUAAGAUUGAUGUUCUGGAUAAUUUGGAGGAGAUUGCUGAUGAAACAAAGUCUUUUUAUUCUUCUUUAUUCACUGAGAAUCAUAAAAUUAGACCUGGUUUUGAUAACCUGGUGGUUCCUCAGCUUUCUGUUACAGAUAACAUUCAUUUGGAGACUCCAUUUUCAGAAGAGGAGGUCAAGAAGGUGGUGAAGGAGUUUGAGUCUACUUGUAAACUGGACUGGAGAAUCAAUAGUACAAACAUUACACUAAUUCCAAAGUGUAAUGGGGCAGUAUCCUUACCCAAUUUUAGGCCUAUAAGCUUGAUAGGCAGUGUGUACAAGAUCAUCAGUAAGCUCUUGGCUGAGAGAAUGAAGAUGGUUUUUCUUUCUAUAAUUUCUGAAUACCAAGGGGCUUUUGUGCAUGGCAGGCAAAUUCAAGAUGGAAUUUUAAUAGCUUCAGAACUUAUUGAUACCAAGCUGAGAAGUCAAGAAACUGGAUUGAUUUGUAAAGUGGAUUUUGAAAAAGCUUUUGAUAAUCUAAAUUGGAAUUGCAUUGAUAUAACUCUAGCUAGAUUUGGUUUUGGUAUGAAUUGGAGAAGCUGGAUCAGAUGGUGCAUUUCAACUCCAAGAUUUGCAGUCUUGUUGAAGGGUGAAGCAACUGACUUAUUCAAAAGCCAAAAAGGGAUCAGACAGGGAGAUCCUAUUUCCCCUUUUAUUUUCAUCCUAGUUGCUGAAGUUUUAUCUCUUAUGUUUAAAAAAGCUGCUAAUGAUAAUUUAAUUACUGGUUUCAAGGUCUCUCAGAAUGGAACUAUUAUCAGUCAUCUUCAGUUUGCUGAUGACCUGAUAGUGUUUCUAAAGGAUGAUGAAGAACAAAUUCAAAACUUGAAACAUAUCUUAACAGCUUUUGAAUUGAUUUCUGGCCUGAAAGUGAAUUAUAGAAAGAGUACUAUAGUGGGGCUUGGACAAUUACAUAAUGGAGGUAUUUGUGCUGAGACUUUUGGUUUCUCUAGCUCUAAUCUCCCCAUGAACUAUCUUGGUAUUCCAAUUGGCAGCAAGUCUAAAAGCAAGAUGGUUUGGGGAGGAGUAGGUAUCAAGAAGUUGCAGUUAGUAAACAAGGCUUUGCAUGUUAGAUGGAUCUGGAGAUAUAGGUCUGAAAAACAAGCUCUCUGGAGAAGGAUCAUCAAUGAAAAAUUUGGAGGAGGGGUGGCUGUUUUGUUUCCAAAUCAUAUUAACAUGGAAGUUUGUAACAGUUUAUGGUUAGGCAUCCUUAAGACUAGAGAUUUUUUUGAAGAUAACACUAUUCUUACUGUGAGGAGUGGCAAUUCAAUUCUUUUCUGGGAAGACGUUUGGGUACAUACUUCAAACCUUAAAUCUUUAUUCCCUAAUCUUUAUAAGAUCUGUAGGACUAAGCAUAAAUUAAUCAGUGACUUGAUCUCAGUCAAUGGAGUUUGGGAUUUCCAAUUUUCUAGAAAUCUGAAAGAUGAGGAAAUUUUGGAGGUAGCUAAUAUUCUGCAGGUUAUUGGUGAGCCACCUUUGAACGCUGUUGAUGAUGAAAGACAGUGGAGAUAUGGGGACUCUUUUGCAGUCUCAAAUGCUUACUCAACUUUGGAAGAUGGUGGUUUUUUGAGAUUUCCUGACAAACAAUUAUGGAACUCUAAAGUUCCUCUUAAGGUCUCUUUUAUGUCUCCAAAAUCUGGUCAUACUUUAUUGGCAGUUUUGGUAUUCUAUGGAGUUUUUCUGGUGAUGUGA